GCAGCCGCGCAGGGGAGGGUCCGGCCCCGAGCCCUGGCGAGGGGCGAGCGGGCGGCCGUCGGCUCGCUGGGCAAUAGGAAACGGUUUAUUAGGAGGGAGUGGUGGAGCCGGGCCAGGCAGGAAGACGCUGGAAUAAGAAACAUUUUUGCUCCGGCCCCUUUCCCAGUCCCGGGAGGCCGCCGCGCCAGCCGCGCCGAGCCAGCCCCUCCCCGGCCCCAGCCCCGCCCGGGGCCGCACCCGGACCCCGGACCCCGGCCCGCUGUCCAGCGCCCGUCGUGCGACCGCGGCCGCCGCCGGGGAGGGGAGGAGGCCGUCCGCUGCACGCCUGCGCCCGCAGGGCAGGCCCAGAGGGACCAUGACCUUGGACCCUCCCAGGAGAAGCCUUCUGAUGCUACUGACGGCCUUGGGCCUGACCCAGGGUAAGGGCCGCUAUGGCGAGGUGUGGCGGGGCCUGUGGCACGGGGAGAGCGUGGCCGUCAAGAUCUUCUCCUCGAGAGAUGAACAGUCCUGGUUCCGGGAGACUGAGAUCUACAACACAGUGCUGCUCAGACAUGACAACGUCCUAGGCUUUAUCGCCUCAGACAUGACUUCCCGCAACUCGAGCACACAGCUGUGGCUCAUCACGCACUACCACGAGCACGGCUCGCUCUACGACUUUCUGCAGAGGCAGACGCUGGAGCCCCAGCUGGCCCUGAGGCUCGCCGUGUCGGCGGCCUGCGGCCUGGCGCAUCUGCACGUGGAGAUCUUCGGCACGCAGGGCAAGCCGGCCAUCGCCCACCGCGAUCUCAAGAGCCGCAACGUGCUGGUCAAGAGCAACCUGCAGUGCUGCAUCGCCGACCUGGGCCUGGCUGUGAUGCACUCCCAGGGCAGUGAUUACCUGGACAUCGGCAACAACCCGAGAGUGGGCACCAAGCGGUACAUGGCCCCCGAGGUGCUGGAGGAGCACAUCCGAACCGACUGCUUCGAGUCCUACAAGUGGACGGACAUCUGGGCCUUUGGCCUGGUGCUAUGGGAGAUCGCCCGCCGGACCAUAGUCAAUGGCAUCGUGGAGGACUACAGGCCACCCUUCUAUGAUGUGGUGCCCAAUGAUCCCAGCUUUGAGGACAUGAAGAAGGUGGUGUGUGUUGACCAGCAGACUCCUACCAUCCCCAACCGGCUGGCUGCAGACCCGGUCCUCUCAGGCCUGGCUCAGAUGAUGCGGGAGUGCUGGUACCCAAACCCUUCCGCCCGCCUCACUGCGCUGCGGAUCAAGAAGACACUACAGAAACUCAGCAACGGUCUCCAGAAGCCCAAAGUGAUUCACUAGCCACUGGUGGGGCCUGAAGCCUGUCUCCCCUCUGCCUGCAGUGUGUGGGGUGGGUGGUGGAUGGCAGCCUGUCUGGGUAGAGGUUCUGUGAGUGUGUGUGCUGGGGACGGGGGGUGCCCCUCUAUGGGCAGCUGUGCCUGCCGGACUUGGCCCGCAGCCCAUCCAGCCAAAAAUACAGCUGGGCUGAAACCUGAUCCCCCGCCGUCUGGCCUGCUCAAGGCAGCAGGCUCCUUGACGCCUGGCUCCCUCCCCACCCCCACGCCCUGGGCGCUCCCCCUACCACCCCUAGGGCAGGAUGCAAAAGAGGCCCCAGAGUCAGGGUGGCCAAGCCAGGGAAUCCCUGUCCUGGCCCAGAGCCUGGGCCUGCACUUUACCCCUGCCCUCAGUCAACCCCACUGCCCCACCAGAGCUGCCAGGGUGGCACAGGGCCCUGUCCAGCCUUCAGUAGACACCCUGCCCUGCCAGGCUUUAGCCUCUGGCCCAAGCUCCAGACGCCCGGGGCCCAUCAGUUUUUCUCCGUGGAUUUGUAUCACAGCUCCAGGCCGCCUUGGGCCUCUGUCUGCCUUCUAGACAAGACCCCCAGCUAACUGAAUGCUAGCUGCCUGCGCCCCUCCCCCAGCCCCUCCUAGUUGACUUAUUGUGGCAUCAAACCCCAGGAGUCUUGCUGCAGGUGUGGCAAUCACAGGCCAGUGGAGAGGUGGCAGGUCAGAUGUGCAAGGCCCAGGACUUUCAGAACAAGCUGAGAGGAUGUUGGAGCCAAGCGUGGCCCCGGAAAGGCUCUGCUGGGAGUCAGGAGACCCAGGGUCUGGUCCAGGUACUUGCCCUAUGUGAAAAGAAGGAGGCCUUCACUGGCCCAGGACCUUCGUUUCUUUAUCUACAUAUUGAAAGAUUUGUAGAUGAAGAUUUGAUCCUGAUGUCUUUUGAGGUUUUUUCAGCUCUAAAGUUCUUUGAAAUGUUUAUCCUGUGUCAGAAUUCAGUUCAUCAGUCCCUUGUACUCCUCAUGCCCCAGCCCCUGGCAAUUUGCCUUAAGAUGGAGAUUUGAAAAUAACUUUAUCUGAGGCCAAGGGUAUCUGAAAUGCUUUCUAGUCUAAUUCUACAAACUCCAGUUCCUGUCUUAAGCCAUGCCUGUGGCCAUCCUUGGACUCAGACAGCUCUGGGCCUUCUGGCAGGCAAGGCAGCCACUCACCUGUUCUGUAGUUUCACCUUCUCUGCCCAGGGCUGAGAGGCCAGGGGCCAGCUUCCUGCAGGGCCUCCAAGGCUCAGGAGAAAUCUGGCUUCAGCCAGCAAGCCUCUAGCACCCAGGUUCCUGCUCCCCACGGGUCCUUGGCAAGGUCUCAGAGAGUGUGUGUCUAGGAAGAAGCUGGUGGCUCUAGAGAAACACAUGGCAAGUUUGGCAUUUGGAAAUGUCAAGGGUGUAUGUCCAUACACUGAGGAUGGACUGGAGGGUGAUUGGGUUAGAAGUAGAGCCUGAGGGUUGGAGGUGGGGGGGCGAGGAGCAGGUCUUAGGCUAGGGACACGACAGCCCCAAACUUGGGAAGACCUGGCCUCUCAGCCCUCAGCCCUGGGACAGGGUGGAGAAGGACCCUCAGGUCUCCACAGGAGUUAAGGAACACAGCCUCCUCCCCUCCUGCUGGAAACGCCCCAGCACAGCCUCCCUGGCUGGCUUCUGUGUUUCUUCCACUGUCAGAGAGGCACUUUCCCAGGCUGCCUCUCAGCAUUGUGCAAGGCCCGGAGGAGAACCAGGAAGUGAAACUGGGUGAAACAGAAAGCUUCAUGGACCUGCCAGGUUCCCACAUCACUGUGGGGCACUUUGCUUCCUGGCAGCGUCAUGUCUUCUGGUCACUGGAACCCACCUAGCCCAGGAAUCGGGAUGCCCCUGAAAGAUUUUCUCUCUAUUGGAUUUGGGGAUUAAAAGUCUCCUGAGACUCCACAGCCAGAAGCUGAAGGCAGCAGCUCUGCAAAGGCUGGAAGAUCCCUAAGAGGAGAAAGUCUGAGGCAGGAGGCAGAAUGAUGGGGGAGGGUUGAGAGAAGGGGCCAGAGUUGGGAGAACAGCUAUGGCCAGGGAGAAAAGGAGGCAUUGGUGAGAGAGGUCUGCAUGAUGCUUCUGAGUUCAGGACGAUGUUCUAGGGCGGAAAAUUACAGUCUCAACCUGGAGAUACUGUUUGUGGGAGCACCUAGCUGGUGCUUAGCACAUAGUAGGUCCUCAAUAAAGCAUGGUUAAAUCCAAAGCUCCUGCUGAGUCUUCCCAGGCCGGUGCCUCUGCAAUGGCCCGUCGCAGAGGGAACCAGAGGGGAC